GAUUGAAGCAGCUCGAUGCCCAGAUGUGGUUGUGGCGCAAAUAGACCCCAAGAAAUUGAGAAAGAAGCAGACAGUAAACAUUUCAAUAUCUGGAUGUCAGCCUGCUCCUGAAGGAUACUCUCCAACACUCAGGUGGCAGCAGCAACAAGUGGCCAAUUUCUCAGCUGUUCGUCAGAGCCUGAACAAGCACAGAAAUCACUGGCGGUCACAACAUCUGGACAGCAAUGUUACGAUGCCAAAAUCAGAGGAUGAAGAAGGCUGGAAGAAAUUCUGCCUGGGUGAAAGAAUAUACUCAGAAAUAGAUGUACUAUGUGAUAACGAAAAUCUAGGAAUUGAUUACAUAAAGGUGGGCUUUCCCCCUUUGCUAAGUAUUGUAAGCAGAAUGAAUCAGGCAACAGUAACCAGUGUCUUAGAAUACCUGAUAAGCUGGUUUGGUGAGAAAAAAUUUACUCCAGAACUGGGUAGAUGGCUUUAUGCACUGUUGGCAUGCCUUGAAAAACCUUUGCUACCUGAAGCUCACUCCCUUAUUCGACAGCUGGCAAGACGAUGCUCAGAAGUCAGAGUACUAGAGGAGAACAGGAAUGAAGAACAGAUAUCAGCUCUGAACUUGAUGAUUUGCUUAGUUAGCAGGUACUUUGAUCAGCGUGACUUGGCCGAUGAGCCUUCCUAGACUGUUUUGAGAAUGUCAAGUAUUUUGCAUUGCCAUAGUACGAACAGCAUCAUCAGAGGUAACAACUGUUCAGACCUGAUAUACUAACAGCCCCUUCAGAACACCCUCACAGUUAUGUAUUUGGGACGCCUAUGGGAAACUUCAGCUGAGCUUUAGCAUCAGAUUAUCAGUGUCUCUGGUAUCAUCAUCAUCGUAAAAUGGUCAGUGAAGUACCUGGCAUCCUCUCUCAAGCUACUGUCUCUCUAAGCUACAUGCUUGGUUAGAAAUUCCUACCAUCUGUGUAAUCCUGUGGACACUUCUAUUACGUGAAGACUGAGGUUACAUUAGAAAUUAUUGUUCUUUACCCAACACACACCCAUUGAGGGCUUUUUUAAUAAAACUGAAGCAUUUUAAAGAGUGUUCUUAAACACUGUGGCUUUUCUCAUUCUUCAAACUAUUCAACAGCAGCCUUACUACAGAAAUCUGCACAACUAGGACUGAAGUGUGUUUUUCCAAGCUUUCAUUCCUGAGCUUAACGCUGCUACGUAGUUGACUAUAGCCAAUAAGCUACUAAAACAAUUAUUUUAGUAA